AUGGCAGCAAGUCUCAUGCCUAUUCAGCCUCCGGUCAUCGUCCGAGCGUCCGCCUCCACCUCCGGCAACCAAAAGUCCGACUCUCAACGCAAAAGCUGGUGGACUCCACUCUUCGGCUGGCCCUCCGAGCCCGACUACAUUGACUCCGGCAACAUCGACAAAAACAGGAAGAAUAACACUACUUUUUCGGCGAGAUCAGGCGCCAUUUCGGAAUCGGAUCUGGAUCAGAGACCGGUCAGAUCUCGUAUUACUCCGGGGAGUUUCACUGAAGAAAAGGCGAGGAAGCUCCGGAUGUUGACGAUGGAAACGGAGUCGUUUCACGAUGCGAUGUAUCACUCCGCCAUCGCUUCACGUCUCGCUUCAGAUUUCUCCGAUCGUUCUGAUGAAUGA